AAAAGCGGCCAAAUCGCGGGCAGCAGAGGGAGAAGGAAAAGAGAGGCAUCUGAACAAACUCAUAGAAUAAGUGAUCAAAAUGUCCGGGCGAUCAGUACGAGCGGAAACGCGAAGCCGUGCAAAAGAUGAUAUCAAAAAAGUCAUGGCGGCGAUCGAAAGGGUCCGUAGAUGGGAGAAAAAGUGGGUAACUGUGGGUGACACGUCCUUACGGAUCUUUAAGUGGGUUCCUGUAUCGGAGACGAAGCAGAUAUUUAAAGCUAAAGGCCCAGGAGGGGCAUCAAGGGAACUGAAGGGCUUUCCUACAGAUAUGGUGCUGGAAAAUGCUCGCUCAGUAUUACUGGAUUUCCAAGAUGACAAUAGUAACCAGAGCUUCUUGUCGGAUGCCUAUCAGUCGAAUAACAAAGUGGACAGCAGCAGUAACUCUAGUCCACAGCAUGCCAGUGGGGCAGUGAGCCCGACUCACGCUCCCUACUUCCGCACAGAGGACUCUCAGCCACCCACCCUGGGACAGGAGACCAUGGAGGAGCCCUCAAUGACCAGCAGUGAAGUCACUGAUGAACCUCCAACUCUGAUAAAAGAGGAUUUGCUGCCUCUGUCUGCUCAGGAGGAUGAGGAAGUGGCAGUUGCUCCGCCGUUGAAAAGAGUUUGCACAGAAUAAAGGGCUUUUAUCAAAAGCCAAGUGUUAAGAUAGACACAUCAUGAUCAACACAGCUCACCUGGACAUGUGGGACUGAAAUGAGCAGCCAUGUUGUGGACUGAGCCUCUGUCGGCUGCGUUAGAGUUUAAUAAGGAAAUAGACAUAUCACUUCCCAGGACUGAUUAACUAAAUUUAGCAAGCGAUUAAUACAAGAAACAACUACAGAUCUCGAACAAAAGUCUACAAAGGACUGAAAAGGCACAAACUAUGAAAUGGUUGGAAUUUCAUUGAGAUAUUUUCCCCAAAAGUUUUGCAUAUUUUUACCAUGAAGUAUUUACUUGAAGCCUAAAGUAUUUACUUGAAGAGAAAAAGUAUUAUAUUUGUUGUAAAUAACUCAGUGUGGGAGAGAACACUAGAAUAGUAUAGUGGGUCAUGGCAUCAUGUAGGUACAUUUUAGGACAUUUAAGUAUCUACUCAUUUGUAUUGCAUUUUUAAGCUUUUCUAAGUUUGCAGAGAAUAUUUGCUUUCACUUUUAUUGCAUGCGUUGCUUUUUUUUUUUUCUUUUCUCUUUUCUGCAUGCAGCAAGGAACAGUUGUUUAGACGUUUUGCCAAACUGGAUUUAUUUGUUAAGAAGCUAAAUUUAGCAAUGGUAGAGUUCAACAAAGUCAUUUCGGACUCAGCUCAGGUAUCUUAAGUUGAAAUGUUAAAUUAAUCUUUCGAAAUCAGAGCGCAACAGAUACAAAAAGAGAAUAUAGCAAAUGUAACAUUUAUUAUGUAUGUUUAUUAAUGAUUAUUUUCAGUAUAUACAGUACUGUGCAAAAGUCUUAAGCACCCUAUGUUAUUUCGUGCAAACUUCGUGAUAGACUUUUAUUCUACAACUUCUACAUUAUCGAGUCGUAACAAAAAAAACUUUUUAGAUUUCCAAAGCUUAGUUUUCCAGCACGGAAUUAAAUGUUCCCAAGAAAUGUUUGGAUGUCAGUAAAGAAAACAGCAUAUUACAUAAAAGUCCACUUUUCAGACCAAAAAAAAAAAAAAACAUAAUGAAGGCUACUGGGUUUUACUGAAAAAAUUUAAGAAUUAAGUGUGACAAAGUGUCCAGAAGAACUGAGGCUGGUUCUGUAAGAGGCUCAGUAAAACCUACAGCUCAUUUCCUUAUAAAACUGCACUCAGUGUACCAGAGACUACUAUUUUGUAAAUCAAAAGGUCUUCACACCAAAUAUUGACUUUCGUUCAUUUAUUACUGUUUACUUCUCUUUUAUAGUAGUCAAAAAAAUUUAAUGUAGAACUAUUUAAUCUCAUUAUUUUUGAAGACGUCUUUGCUCUACAGCAUUUCUUUGCAUGUCCCAAGACGUUUGCACAGUACUGUAAUUGACCAGCAAUUAUAGCAGUUCCCUAUUUUUAGACUUGCACUGCAAAUAUGAAGGUAUUUACAUUUACAUGGUGUGGUUUAAUAGUCUAUGAAGAUGUCUUUAUAGAAAAAAAUCUAUACAAAUAUACAGUAUGUGAGUGAUAUGAGUAUGUUUCAGAAUGAAUCCAAUGCAGUAUGUAUUCACCAUGUUAAAAGCCUACAAAAGGAAUUUCCAACAUUUAAAA